UGGUUUUGUGUUUUGAAUUUUUUAGUUCUAUCAUUUUGAUAGAUUUAGUGGGUGGCAGGAAGGAGAAAUAAUCCCCUGCCACCUUUCUGAACCCAAGACCCAGUUUGUUUGUUUUGUCACAUGCAGUUUGUGUUAGUUUUCCCCAUUAGCAACCUUUAUUUCUCAAAUUUGUGUUCUAUGUGGGGGGGGGGGGGCAUAACAGUAUAUAAUCCCAAAUAGCACAGUAUGGUGUUUAAAUACACUGGAAUUUUUCCCAGUCACUAGCAUAUUUCUUACAGUGACUACACUUGGAACAAUGCAGUUUUUAAACAAAUUAAAAAGCUGCCAAUUUACGCUUUGACAUUCCACAUUUGUAUUCAGACAUUAAAGACAUAAGUCUUUCAUUCACUAUCUAAAACAGUUUAUUUUUGACAACUGACAUUUAAUUCUGAUUUUUUUUUUCUUUUUUUACAUUGAGCCUGUGCAUUUCAACAGAGGAUACUUUGUAGUCUGAGUUGUCUUGACCGUCCCGAACAGCUGACCAGAUACUGUAGGACGCCGACCUUUAUGACCAACAAAAGGCUCACAGGUCAAGCAGCAGUGUCCAGGAUGCCGGAGCGAGUGAAUAACUUCCAGGGCCAGAGCUAUCACAAGCUGAAGCGGGCCUGCCUGCGCCGAGGCGUGCUCUUUAAGGACCCCGUCUUCCCCGCCAGCACCCAGUCCCUCUUCUACAAACGGGAGCCUCCACCGGGACUCACCUGGAAGAGGCCGAAGGAGCUCUGUAAGGAUCCUCGUCUGUUUGUUGAUGGCAUCAGCACUCGGGACUUGCACCAGGGCAGUCUGGGUAAUUGCUGGAUGGUGGCGGCCACUUCCUGCCUGGCAUCAGAGCCAUCGCUUUGGAAGAAGGUGAUUCCUGACCACAUGGAGCAGGAGUGGAACCCAAAGCGUCCCAACCUGUACGCCGGAAUCUUCCAUUUCCGGUUUUGGCGUCUGGGCCGCUGGAUAGACGUGGUCGUGGACGACCGUCUGCCGGUCAGCGAGGACGGAGUGCUGCUCUUCUGCCGCUCGGCCACGCCCCGAGAGUUUUGGAGCGCCCUGCUGGAGAAAGCCUACGCCAAGCUGAACGGCUGCUAUGAGGCCCUGGAGGGAGGCAACACAGCAGAGGCCCUGAUCGACUUCACAGGGGGCGUGUCGGAGCCCCUCAGCCUGGACCGGGACGCUCUUAUCCAGCACAGUGACCAGAGGAGGGCGCUCUUCCAGAUGCUGUCCAAAGCCCACGAAUGCAAAGCCCUCAUUACCUGCUACAUACGGCCUGCAGAGGGCGAGGCGGUGGAGUCCGUGUUGGACUGCGGUCUGGUGCGAGGCCAUGCUUAUGGGAUCACAGCCGUGAGGAAGGUGUGGCUGGGUGAGAAGCUGCAGAGGAAGGGCGGGAAGUCCCGGCUCUUCAUGGUGCGCAUGAGGAACCCAUGGGGGACCACAGACUGGACGGGCGCCUGGAGUCAAGGGUCUCAGCAGUGGCAGCAGAUGGGCCGCGCAGAGAGGGAGAAGAUGGGCCUCACUGUCCGAGACAUCGGGGAGUUCUGGAUGGAGUUUGAGGACUUCUGUCACUACUUCACGGAUGUGGUGGUGUGCCGGCUGGCGGAGAGGACUUUACUUUGGCCCAGCUCUCACUGGAGAGAGGUGCGCUGCUACGGAGAGUGGGCUCCAGCACCCACCACCCCUGGAGCCUCUCCCUCCACCAUCGUCCCCAGCAGCCAUGCACUGACCCUGGGGAGGAACGGUGGGAAACCCGGGGGCGCCCAGCAGAGAGGGGACCGGAAGGAGGCCCGACUUGGGGAGAGGCAACAGGAUGGACAGAGGGACAUGACAGACAAGGCUUUGAUGUCCCAACAGCAGAAGAAAGUGAAAAGGGAACAUAAGGAGGAGGGCCGAGCACUGGAUGCAGGCUGGGAGGCUCAGCUGGAUAAGAGGAGUCGAUGUGGAGGAUGCAUCAACCACAGAGACACUUUCUUGCACAACCCCCAGUUCAUGUUUGAGGUGCGAGGAAAAGAGGAGGAGGUGCUGAUCUGCCUGCAGCAGGAGGACAGGAGGAUUCGCAGAAAACACGGAGAAGGAGAGAACCUUCCCAUUGGUUUUGAGGUGCUGAAGGUGGAGGUGAACCGCUGCAGCCGGGUGCAGUGUGUGGUGGAGCAGGCGGCCAGUUCGGUCUACAUGGACUCCCGCAGCGUGACGCUGAGGGGGGCUCUGGCUCCGGGCCGCUACGCCAUCCUGCCCACCACCUUCCUGCCGGGGGCCACCGGACGCUUCCUGCUUCGCCUCUUCUCCCAUUCCCACCUCCAACUCUGGGAGUUGAGGGAGGACUUGCCGUCUCCCUCCUUAUUCCAGUGUUGUCUGCCUCAGCCCACCAUGGUGACCACCGUCCAUCUCCGCAGGGCGUCAGGACUCAGCCCACCCAAAAAAACAGCCCCUGAUGUCUACGCUGUGGUGCGCUGCGAGGACGACACCAUCAGGACGCGGGUGUUCAAGGAGGACGGGAACCCCGAGUUCAACCUCAGAACCAUCUUCUACAGGAGACACCCGCACACACACAUCUCGAUUGAGCUGUGGAGCAGAGGUGUGCUGUGGGACUGCCUGCUGGGAGGGGCUCGCCUCCAGACCGCGGACUCUGAGAGGGGGCAGAGCCAGGUGAUCUGUCUCCGUGGCGGCCGGUCCCGGUCGGGAUCCCAGGGGUGCAUCUAUGUGGAGACCUCCUCCAGCGUGUGCCUGACAGACUUGUGAUUGAUUGACAGCUACAUCCGGUUGCACCGGCAACUGCACUGAGCCAUGACAACUGCUGUUCUUCCUGUGGGAAUGUUCAUGUAAUGGCAGCAAAAUCAGCAGUAAAGACUUUUUUGUAGAGGUUUUUUCUUUUUUAAAUAAAAUGAACACUGUGAGCAUAAUAUUCAAACUGUGAUCAAUAAACAGAGGCAGUAUUGGUGCAUAAAAUACAAAAACUGCACAGUGUAUAUAGUGUUUCCUCCAUCAAAUGACAGCUAUAAGUGAAAAAGCCUCAUAUUCCUUGGAUAAUCAUGCCCUCAUGUUAUCUGCUGGUCAGACAUCAGUGGGCAAACUUAGUGACCUCAGCAGUUGUUUAUCAAAAACAAAAAGUGAAACUGCUGCCAAAAUAUGUUUAUUUUUCUGUAUUAUUACUGACUUUGUUGCUGUUGUUUUGUUGUUCACAUUAUCAUAGCUCAUGCCAUUAUUUAUUUUGUUCAUAUGCUCACCUGUAAAUGUGCAUAAUCACCUUUUGUCUUUGUGAUUUGGAAACAUUUUAUAAUAACUGAAUAAACAUUGUGAUAACUGAG